AUGCAUCAAUGUAAGCUAAUUAAUGGUGUAAACAGUGCAGUAAAGUUAUUUGCAUUAUGCUUUGUAUGCAUAUGGGCUUUAUUUAUCAUUUCAAAAUACAUUAUUCAUAAUCAACCUGAAUUAACACAAACAACAGAUAAAUUAGAAGAAAUCCCGAAAUUAUCUGUUGAUGAUGAUUUACGCAAUCUACCGUUGAUAUUUAUUGGAGGUCAUCAAAGUUCAGGUACUGGAUUAUUACGUGUUCUACUGGAUGUUCAUCCAAUGGUUCGUUGUGGUCCAGAACCAGUAGUUACAAGAGAAAUAUUAAGACUUAGGCCGAAGAAUCAAAACAGUCAGGAUUGGCUUUCACAAUCUGGUAUUACACAAAAUGUACUUGAUAAUGCUAUUGCUGGUUUCAUUGUAUCAAUACUGAAGAAUAUGGGACCACCUGCUGAUAGAUUAUGUCAUAAAGAUCCAUCAUCUUACAUAUAUCUAAGAUAUGAAGCCAGUUCAGUUCAAUUUAUUAAGGCUAUACACAAAGAAUCUUUAUAUGCUUGGUCUAAAAGUGAUUCAAUAAUACCUAGAAAUCUUACUACAACUAUGCAUAAGGAUAAUAGUCUAUUAGCUAGACUUGGUUAUACCAGUGGAAACAUUCCUCCAAAUUAUGAAGAACUGUGUGAAAUUGAUCUAAAAUUGUAA